AUGGAAGCCGUCUUUUUCCAUAAAAAAAGAGGGGCGCCUCCUGAAGCCCAAAUAUUGGUAGGAAACACCCCCGUAAAGGUGGGGACCCGGAUCAAAUACCUGGGUCUCCACCUGGAUGGCAAGUGGGCCUUCGGCGAGCACUUCCGCCAAUUGACCCCGAGGGUAAACAAGGCAGCGAUGGCGCUAUGCCGACUGCUGCCAAACCUCGGGGGACCGGACGGAGGGGUUCGCCGAUUGUACGCCGGAACCAUACACUCUAUGAUCAUGUACGGGGGUGUGGCGGAAAAAGUGGAGGCCACCCGCAGGAUAAAAGAUGCGCUGCAUCAAUUGCAAAGGCGGGUGGCCAACCGAAUCUGCCGGGGGUUCCGUACCGUAAGCUGGACGGCCGUGGGGGUACUCUCAGGAGUGCCCCCUAUAGAAUUACUAGCCCGCAUGUACGCCGAAGUAUACAGGCGUACACGCGGGCUACAAAGGCAGGGAACGGCCGUCACAGCUGGUGUCCGGCGUGCAUUGAGGACCCACACCCGACGGCAAUUAAUAGAAAGCUGGUCCGGCAUGUUGCAAAACCCGCAGCUGCCGGGGCAGUGGACCGUCGGGGCCAUCCGGCCCUGCCUGGAACAGUGGCUGGGCAGGGCCGGGGGGGGUGUUACCUACCGAAUGACGCAGGUGCUCACCGGGCAUGGAUGCUUCGGUGAGUACCUGUGUCGCAUCAAGAAGGAGCGCACGACACGCUGCCACCAUUGCAGCAAUAGGAGGGAUACCGCCGGCCACACGCUCCAAGAGUGUGUGGCCUGGACGGAGGAGAGGGAAGAACUGAAGGCGAGUAUCGGAGGAGGGGACCUCUCUCUACCAUCUGUGGUAAGACAGAUGGUGGAGAGAGAAGAAGUAUGGAAGGCAUUCCUCCUUCUGUGA